GGGGCCAAUCCUGGCCGUUCUCGCGUCUCUGCUGGCCCGCUGAGGGCCGCUCGGCCGGUGCUUUGCCCCGGCGCCUCAGUGCGCUCGGCCAACGGCCUCUGAGAGCGCUCGCCCGAGCGCCCCGGGAGCCGGCGGGCGGCGGCCCUCUCUGGGGACUCUCCAGCGGGCCCAGGGGAACCAAAGUGGCUCUAACUCCAGCACAUACACAUUGAAGCAAGUUGAAGGAUGUAAUAUGAAGCACAGAAGCAGAUAGUGCCAAACAGCAAGCAGUAGUUGGUACACAUUUCUGGAAAAGCAGUGUCCGUGUUGUUAUGUACACCUCCAAAAAAAAGUUCAGAUCUGUAGGGGAAUUGUUGUGUAAAGUAAACUGAACUACAGGGUAGCAGUAUUUUAAUAGCUAUUGUAGACGUGUAUUUACUGUAUUAAAAUGAGUAAAAGAACAAGCAGUGACACACCAUUAGGAAGGGUAAGUGGGGCAGCAUUUCCUUCACCCACUGCUGCUGAGAUGGCAGAAAUUAGUCGAAUUCAGUAUGAAAUGGAAUAUACUGAAGGUAUUAGUCAGCGAAUGAGGGUCCCGGAAAAACUUAAAGUAGCACCACCAAACGCUGACCUGGAACAAGAAUUUCAAGAAGGCGUUCCAAAUGCUAGUGUGAUAAUGCAAGUUCCAGAGAGAAUUGUUGUAGCAGGAAAUAAUGAAGACGUUUCAUUUUCAAGACCAGCAGAUCUUGACCUUAUUCAGUCAACUCCCUUUAAACCUCUGGCACUAAAAACACCCCCUCGUGUGCUUACACUAAGUGAAAGACCACUAGACUUUCUGGAUUUAGAAAGAUCUCCUCCAACACCUCAAAAUGAAGAAAUCCGUGCAGUUGGCAGGCUAAAAAGAGAGCGCUCUAUGAGUGAAAAUGCUGUUCGCCAAAAUGGACAGCUGGUCAGAAACGAUUCCAUGUGGCACAGAUCAGAUUCUGCCCCAAGAAAUAAAAUUUCAAGGUUCCAGGCAUCGAUUUCUGCACCGGAGUACACUGUGACACCAUCGCCACAACAGGCUCGGGUCUGUCCUCCCCAUAUGUUACCUGAAGAUGGAGCUAAUCUUUCCUCUGCUCGUGGCAUUUUGUCGCUUAUCCAGUCUUCUACUCGUAGGGCUUACCAGCAGAUCUUGGAUGUGCUGGAUGAAAAUCGCAGUGUGAGAAGACAAAAUGAAAUACGUUGUGAAAGACCUGUGUUGCGCGGUGGGUCUGCUGCCGCCACUUCUAAUCCUCAUCAUGACAACGUCAGGUAUGGCAUUUCAAAUAUAGAAACAACAAUUGAAGGCACAUCAGAUGACAUGACUGUUGUAGAUGCAGCUUCAUUAAGACGACAGAUAAUCAAACUAAAUAGACGUCUACAACUUCUAGAAGAGGAGAACAAAGAGCGUGCUAAAAGAGAAAUGGUCAUGUAUUCAAUUACUGUAGCAUUCUGGCUGCUUAAUAGCUGGCUCUGGUUUCGCCGCUAGAGGUAACUUCAGCACUCAAAUAUAUUGUUUCAACAGCUGGAAAUAUAAAAGAUUUGCAAACUUCUUUGUUUCUGUCUUGCAUUGUAUGCCGUUUAUAGUUCAUGCUCUGAAAAUGUAUUUCUUCAGAAAGUAGGGGAAAGGGCCUAUAUUUGUAGAAGUAAAGGUAUAUUCUGUCACUCAGUUGUAGUCACCUUAAAUCAGUUUUGCAGUAACACCUACAUAAAAUUCUCCUUUUGCAUGUUUUGUAAAUAGGCUCCAGUUUGUGUUUUUUAAAUGAAAUUAAUUUUUUGCAUCACCAUUCUGAACAACUAAUUCUGUGAAAGGAAAACAGAAUGCAUAAAGGGUGGAUUUAGAAAAAGUAUCUGUAGAAGAAAAACAAUGUUUGUCCUGUUUCUCAGACAGUUUCAUUGGUAGACGUUUUGCUUCCAUGUUUUAACAUUAACACUUGAAGUCAUGGUCUGGUGACAGAUUUAAGAAAAUCAAACCACCUAAUAUUUCAUGAUCACCUGUACAGAUUAAAUUAAAAUAUGCCUAAACAGUUCAGCAGUUUAAUAUGUGUGCAUUAUGCUGCAUUUUUAUUUUUCAUUUUAGUUUUGCAGAUGGUUUUCUAUAAAAUACGUUUUUACUAAGUCCAUGUGUGAAUGAUUUAAAAACUACAGAAAAAGGUACAAUUGUAGUGUAUUUAAUAAACUGUCAACCAAAGCAA